AUGGUUGAAAGGGUGAUCGAGCAGGAGAAAGCUCUCUCACAAGUUCUCCGUGCCGACAAAAAAACACGUCACCUGGUCCCAACUUGGCAGGAUAUGGACGUUCUGGAAUCCAUGAACAAGGCACUGAGUCCUCUCAAGGAGUUUACAGAUGCCUUGUCUGGGGAGCUUUACCCAAGUGUUUCCUACUUGAAACCCGUCCUCCAUCUGUUCAACAACCAGAUACUCAAGCAUCAGGAUGGUGACACUGAGCUCACCACGACUAUAAAAGAGGGCAUACUAAAAUACUUAAAUGAAAAGUAUGAUGACCAGACAACCCAGGACCUGCUUGACAUUGCUUCUCUUGUCGACCCUCGAUUCAAAACAACAUACAUCAAACAAGAGAGGGUGGAUUACAUCAAAACAAGAGCUGCUGCAGAGCUACAGAAGCUGGUGGCUGAACAAACAGAGGCAGUCCCUCUAUCAGCUCCAUCAGUCACUGCCGUAGGUCAGGAUGAGCAAGAGGAGGUUCCUGCUAAGAAGAAAAAGAAGAGUUUGAGCAGCUACUUUAAAACAUCAGCAAAGCCAAGCCAAGUGGCUCCACUUUCAAACAGAGAGUCAAUUGAAAAGGAGCUAAGCCUCUAUCUCCUAAUGGAAGCAGGUUCAGACACAGAACCACUGGAAUGGUGGAAGAGAAAUGAGUUUGGAGUUGUGCCUAGCCUCGUUAUUCCUCGACGCUCGCUGGACCCUGUCGACGCCUGGAUGAUACCUGUCGUCGGUCCAGAAGAGGUGUUCCAGCCCCGCGGCCCCUGCUCUCCUCGUCCCCGCUGGCGCGGAGUGAAUCACAGCAACUUGCAGUCUCUGUGUCGGGUUUCACAAACAUUCAGCGCUGCGGACCCGCCGGUUCCUGCCAGGUUUGGGCUGAGGAUUCACACUGGAGAAAAACCUUACAAGUGUUCACACUGCGACAAGAGAUUCAGUGAUUCAUCAGAUCUGAAAACACAUGAGAGGAUCCACACUGGAGAAAAACCUUACAAGUGUUCACACUGCGACAAGAGAUUCAGUGAUUCAUCAGAUCUGAAAACACAUGAGAGGAUCCACACUGGAGAAAAACCUUACAAGUGUUCACACUGCGACAAGAGAUUCAGUGAUUCAUCAGAUCUGAAAACACAUGAGAGGAUCCACACUGGAGAAAAACCUUACAAGUGUUCACACUGUGACAAGAGAUUCAGUGAUUCAUCACAUCUGAAAAAACACGAGAGGAUUCACACUGGAGAAAAACCUUACAAGUGUUCACACUGUGGCAAGAGAUUUAAUAAGUCAGAAAAUCUGAAAACACAUGAGAAGAUCCACAGCAGAAAGAAGCCACACACCUGCACUCAGUGUGGAAAGAGUUUCUCAAACAAACGAAAUCUUGAGCGUCACAUGAGGAUCCACACUGGAGAGAGACCGUUCACAUGUGAUCAGUGUGGGAAAGGUUUCACAAGCAGUUGUAAUCUUAAGAGUCACAUGAGGAUCCACACUGGAGAAAGACCGUUCACAUGCACUCCAUGUGGAAAGAGUUUCACAACCAAACAGAGUCUUGAGAUUCACAUGAGGAUCCACACUGGAGAGAAACCGUUCACAUGUGAUCAGUGUGGGAAAGGUUUCACAAGCAGUAGUAGACUUAAGAGUCACAUGAGGAUCCACACUGGAGAAAAGCCGUAUAUAUGCAGUCAAUGUGGAAAGAAUUUCGCAUACAAACAAAGUCUUGAUGUUCACAUGACAGUUCACACUGGAGAGAAUCUGUUCAAGUGUGAUCAGUGUGGGAAAGGUUUCACAACCAAUUCUAGUCUUGAGAGUCACAUGAGGAUCCACACUGGAGAGAGACCGUUCACAUGUGAUCAGUGUGGCAAAAAAUGUAUUACUGCAUCAGACCUGAAUAAACACCUGACAGUUCAUUUGAAGGAGAAGCCAUAUUCAUGUUCUGUGUGUGGAAAGAGUUUUUCAGUGCUGGGAAGUUUAAAAGGACAUCAGAAAAUACACACUGAUGCACAUGUUCUCCUCCCAUCUAAUCCUGCCGACCCCAAUAAUACAUCUCUGCUGUGGGGUCUCAAGCAGUAUGGUCGUCCCUUGGAGAGCAAACCAGCUCCUCCCAUCACAGUUACAUCAUCAGUAAAGCUCCUCCCACCGCAAUUCUCCAAUAAAUGCUGGAAUAUUCCCAUGAGAGCAUCAGGAAGAGCUGAGUUUAUUAAAGAAGACAGUGAGAACAUGAGUGAUCCAGAACCCUGCAGAAUGAAACACACUGAAGAUACUGAAGAACAAAGAGAUAUGAUUAAAGAGGAGGAGGAGAGUGAAGAACUGAGUGAAGUGGAGGAGAAACAUCAUGUCAAACUUGGAGAAAAACCAGCCUGCAAUCAGAGUGGAAACAGCUUCACAACCAAACAACACCUUGAGCUUCACAUGAGAAUUCAUACUGAUAUGAUUAAAGAGGAGGAAGAACUGAGUGAAGUGGAGGAAAUCCAUCAUGUCAAACCUAGAGAAAAACCUUUGAGUCACUCAAAGACUAGAAAGAAAUUUUUAAAGAAAAGAAGAGCCAAGAAAUCUACAACCUGCACUCAGUGUGGAAAGAGUUUCACAAACAAAACUGAUCUUGAGAUUCACAAGAGGGUUCAUACUGGAGAGAAGCCGUUCACAUGUGAUCGGUGUGGAAAGAGAUUCACAGCCAAAAACAGUCUUGAGAUUCACAUGAGAGUUCAUACUGGAGAGAAGCCGUUCACAUGUGAUCAGUGUGGCAAAGGUUUCACAAGCAGUUGUAAUCUUAAGAGUCACAUGAGGAUCCACACUGGAGAGAAGCUAUUCACAUGUGAUCGGUGUGGAAAGAGAUUCACAGCCAAAAACAGUCUUGAGAUUCACAUGAGAGUUCAUACUGGAGAGAAGCCGUUCACAUGUGAUCAGUGUGGCAAAGGUUUCACAAGCAGUUGUAAUCUUAAGAGUCACAUGAGGAUCCACACUGGAGAAAGACCGUUCACAUGCACUCCAUGUGGAAAGAGUUUCACAACCAAACGAAGUCUUCAGCAUCACAUGAGAGUUCAUACUGGUGAGAAGCCAUUCACAUGUGAUCAGUGUGGAAAGAGCCUCACACACAAACGUAAUAUUGAGCGUCACAUGAGGAUCCACACUGGAGAGAAGCCAUUCACAUGUGAUCAAUGUGGAAAGAGUUUCACACAAAAAGGAAAUUUUAAGGAACACAUGAAGAUUCACACUGGAGAAAAGCCGUAUAUAUGUAGUCAAUGUGGAAAGAAUUUUGCAUACAAACAAAGUCUUGAUGUUCACAUGACAGUUCACACUGGAGAGAAUCUGUUCAAGUGUGAUCAGUGUGGGAAAGGUUUCACAACCAAUUCUAGUCUUGAGAGUCACAUGAGGAUCCACACUGGAGAGAGACCGUUCACAUGUGAUCAGUGUGGAAAGAGUUCAUUAACCAAACAGAGUCUUAAUGUUCACAUGAGGAUCCACACUGGAGAGAAACCGUUCACAUGUGAUCAGUGUGGCAGAAAAUGUAUUACUGCAUCAAACCUGAAGAGACACCUGACAGUUCAUACGAAGGAGAAACCAUAUUCAUGUUCUGUGUGUGGAAAGAGUUUUUCACGGCUGUCAGAUUUACAAUCACAUCAGAAAAUACACACUAGUGUGAGAGAGUACAUGUGCUUUGAGUGUGAGAAGACUUUUACUACAGGGAGCACAUUAAGAAAACACCAGAGAAUUCACACUGGAGAAAAACCUUACAAGUGUUCACACUGUGACAAGAGAUUCAGUCAGUCAUCAUCUCUGAAAACACAUGAGAUGAUCCACACUGGAGAAAAACCUUACAAGUGUUCACACUGUGACAAGAGAUUCAGUUGCUCAGCAAAUCUGAAAACACAUGAGAGGAUUCACACUGGAGAAAAACAUUACAAGUGUUCACACUGUGACAAGAAAUUCAAUCGGUCAACAAAUCUGAAAAGACAUGAGAGGAUCCACACUGGAGAGAAGCUGCACACACAUGUCUAAGUUUAUAGAAACUGGAAGAGAGAGCUACUCUAUGAGAAAAAGAAAAUUAACCUUUUAAUUUCUUUAAAACAUGAUUAUCCCCACGAUACAGUUUAAGACAAUUAUCAUACAACACUAUACAUGUUUGGUAUCAUUUGAAAUGUCUCAUUCCCACAGAGGUGAACCCAAAGGCAAUAAAGGUUGUAAGAGUUUAGAGAUAUUAUUUGGGUCCUCUGCCAAUUGGUCUCUUUUAUGCAAAUUGUUCCCUUGUUCCCUAAAGAUGUAAACCUUGAUUAUUGCAAAUUCCUAUUAUUUGCUCAUGAUUCCAUUUGAAAGAAGUUUCUGUCUUGGUCAGAGAUGUUGGAGGAGACUUCAGGUGUGAUUCUGUGGCCAGAUCAGCUCAUAAUGCUGAGUGUCCUCCAGACAUUCUUUAUGCAUUUUCCAA